AUGAGUCCCCUGUCCCCACAGCCGUCUUCCAAAUCUGCAACCCAUACAGAUCUGCAAGCCAACAAGUACAUUCCUCCAUGGACAUCGCCAUACAUUAUUGGAGUGGCAGGGUUCUCCGGAUCAGGCAAAACCACGGUGGCACAGAAGAUCAUUGAGCAGAUCAACGAGCCAUGGACCGUUCUUCUGUCAAUGGAUAAUUUCUAUAAGCCGCUCACCCCUGAGCAGCGAGAACUCGCUUAUCAAAACGAGUAUGAUUUUGACACUCCUGAAGCCUACGACCUGGAAGGCUUUUAUAAUUGCAUCAUCUCUUUGAAAGAAGGGAAAAAAACACAGGUGCCAGUGUACUCGUUCGCCUUGCACAACCGAACAGGCGAAAAUAUAUCCAUCUACGGAGCUAAUGUCAUCAUAGUGGAGGGUAUCUAUUCACUGUACGAUCCCAAAGUGCUUGCCCUAAUGGAUACCAAGAUAUACGUGGAUACAGACUUGGACAUUUGCUACUGUCGCAGACUUCUCAGGGACAUCGUGGAGAGGAAAAGGGACAUCGAGGGUAUCAUCGAGCAGUGGGAAAAAUUUGUCAAGCCCAGCUCUGUUGCCUCUGUGAAGCCAACUAUGUACAACGCAGAUAUUGUCAUUCCACAUGGAUCAGACAAUACCAAAGCUAUUGACAUGAUCAUCAAACAUAUACGGAAGCAGCUGCAAAAAAAAUCAGAAGAGCACCUUGCGCACCUGGCGGGACUGGGGAGAGUGGUUGUUCCUCUCAAGUACGAUAAUAUCAAGGUUUUGCCGAAAACUAACCAGCUCCUAGGAAUGAAAAGUAUAAUUCUCAACAGAGAAACGUCGAACGACGAUUUUAUUUUCUACUUUGACCGGAUUGCGAGCACUCUAAUUAGCGAGGCGCUGGAGCUCGUCCACUAUUCUCCAGCGCCAUACGACAUAAUCACGCCCAGCGGCCACAGAAUCACGGACGGCGUUGUUCAAGCCCAAGAGGUGGUGGCAGUUAAUAUCAUCAAGUCUGGAGACUGCUUCAUGAGAUCGCUCAGGAAAAUCAUUCCUGAGGCAAUUGUGGGCAAGGUUCUGAUUCAAUCGGACUCCCAGACGGGCGAGCCACAGCUGCACACCGAAAGACUUCCUCAGUUUUCACCAGGUUGCAAAGUUCUGUUAUUUGACGCCCAGGUAAUAUCUGGAGCCGCUGCCACUAUGGCUGUCAAAGUGAUACUCGACCACGGUGUGGAAGAGUCAGAGAUCGUGCUUGUUGUAUAUCUCGCGUCGGAGACAGGGCUCCGUCGUAUACUGAACGCCUUCCCCAAUGUGAAAAUAGUGGUUGGAAACCUUUCUGCCGUCGAACCCAAAGAAGGACAGGACAACGACACAGACUGGUGGAUGAGCAUGAGAUUCAUCGAUGCCAGGUAUUUUGGUACACAUUAAAUAUCUAGUUAGAAAUCCAGUAGCUUCAUCACCAGGUACCCGACCGAGACCACCACGACGUAGCAGAGAAGAGAUGAUGGCACGCCAAUUUUUAUAAACGUGGAAACAGACAGAUACGGGUUGCCAACGCUGUCUCUGAGGCCAAUGGCGGUCACGUUGGGGAAGCCUGAUGUGGGAAGUCCCAUGGCGGACGAGCAGAGCAGGGCGGUAGCCAUGAUGAGCAAGUUUGGAUGUGGAUCCGGGAGAGAUCUUCCGAUUUCGGCUAUUAGUGGCACGAUAAUGAGAGCUGCCACCGUAUGCGACACAAACGUAGCCAUGACAAGCACAAUUAUGCCAAACAGACACAGAACAGUGAACAGGGCCGAACCUUCAAGUUUGGCCUGGAUUGCUUCGGCAAUGGUCCUCAGCAGUCCAGAAACGGUGACAGCCUUCCCUAGGGCAAGGCCUCCCAUUGCAAGCAUGACAAUUGUCCACGGAUAGUUGUUAAAGUCAUCUGGAGACAGAAUCCCCGGAGCGUAGAAGGCCACCAUGGAGGCCACCGCGAUCAUUCCCAUGUCUCCCACUAUUGGUUCGAAAAACGAUGCUCCGCACCAAAGAAUGAUCGUGGAAAGAGAAACAGCGAGCACAUAGAAGUGCUUAUGGGUGAAUUUCUCAUCUGUCGACCGGAUAGGAACGAUGGUGGCAUCUCUGAAGUCCAUCAUGAACAUAAUGUAGAUGAAUAUCAGAACCAGUCCGCAAGUACACACGGGAAUGGACACGGCAAACCAUUGCAGCCAAUUGGGAUCUGGGUCCAUGCUCUGCAACGCCACCACGUUCUGCGGACUGGCGAUCGGACUGGCCAUUCCGGCAACGUUGGACGCCAACGCGAUGCCGAUCACCAGGGCCUCUGCAAACUGCGAGCCUUCGGGCAAUGUGUUGAGCACGGGCUGAAUAACAGAGAGCAUGAGCACUGGCGCUGCAACGUUGGAAAUAAAUGCUGACACAACCGUCGACACACACAUGAUCGACAGCAGCACGGAGGCCGGUUUUUGAGGCACUUUUGACAAAAUAAAAGUGCAAGCUAUCUUAUCCAGAUUGUACUUGGAGAGAGCGGCAGCCAGCGUGAAGCCGCCCAGAAGAAGCAUGAUAAUCGGCGACCACAUGGCAGAACAGAUGAAUUUGGAUGCGUCUACAGCUCUCAAAGGCUCACCGGAGUCGGGAUCUACCAGAGUUCUCAACACCACAAUCAGAAAUGGAAGCAGCAGAGAGGUGGUGAAGAGAGGAAUGGCCUCUGUUGCCCAGAGUAGCGAAGCGCACACAAGCACUGCAAAGCAGUUUUUCUGCUGCUCGUCCUGCAAUGGCGAGAAUAUCAGUAACGUGAUUGUGACCAUUGCGAUCAACAACGCCUUGAGACCGUUAGCGGUCAAAAUAGGAGUAGGGAUGCUGAUCUUGCGUCCGGCUCCAAGAUAAAUAUCAAUUUUUUCUGCCGGAACAAUAACUGAGUCCACCACGUUCGGCUUCUGGACCCUGGCUGCCUGGGCUUUCCGUUCCAUGCCAAUCAUGUUACGCCAGACUGUGUUUCGCUCCCAGACAAUGUACUCCCUCAGGUUGGACUUGAGCUCUUCCUUGGCCUGCUCCUCGUUGCCGUGCGUGAACACCGAGUACAGUUUGAUGAUUCCCGCGAGACGGAGGUUGAGCUCUUCCAUGGCUUCUGGCCUGAAAACGUGGAACUCAUGGCUAUUUUCAAGCUUAUCCAUAUACUCGUCCUUGAUUUUCGUGUGCAACGUUUUAUCGAACUUUUUCAGGGCUUUACCGAAUCCAAUCUUGUUGAGCUCAACGUAGCUUUUCAGUUCCGAGAGGAAAACAAACAUGUCGGCCAACGGUUUUCUUUUUUCCACCUUGAGGGCCUCCAAAAAGCUGAGGUUGAAGUCGUCGUCGUCAAAAAGGAUCUGCGAACCGCGGUGAGCCAUCUCGUUUGGAUUUUUGUCUGGCUCGGGCGACGUGACGGCCAGCUCGUUGCUAGCACUGCCCCGAGCAUUCUGUGAAGUUACAGGCUCAAUAUCUGGCGCUGGCCCCGAUUCAUGCGUCUCAUCGGCAAACUUUCCCGGCCUCAGCGAGACCAGAAUUUGUCUGAGUCGGUGUCUUUGCUCUAUGUCGGCUAGAUUCUGUGGAAACUCACGUUCAAACUCUUCCACCUCGUCGAUCAGGUUCUCGUAGCUGGCCAGGGCCUCUUUCUCCUUGAUCUGGAAAAAACUGUUGAUUUUCACGGCCUCUUUGUCAAGAGCUUUAAUAAAAACAUUGACUGGAUUCGACUCCUCGUCCACAGCAGUGAACGGCAGUGCUUCCGGAUCCAUAUAAUUCAAAGUUUCGGCAUAUUCACGUUGGAGCGAGUAUAUCAGCUUCUUGAGGCCGGAGUAGUUGAUAUACUUCGAAGACCACUCUGGAACAGCGUUGAACUGAAGCGAAUGCGAGAACUUCAUGGCUGCGACGCGGCCUUGGGUGUAGGGAUGUGGUGCUGGAACACGAUCAGAUGCAAGGUCCUGUAGCGGGAUUUGCUCAAAUGAUUGAUGCGGGCCGGAAAUGGUGGGAACUGGCUUUGUGCAGAUAGUGGUCGGAUGAAACGAUCAAUAGUAAGC